AGAACAGUGACAAGGUCGUAGUUCAGAGGAAGAAGGAAUCAGACUGGAUUAUUUUUCCAUGAAGAUGAAGGCGUUUGUGGUAUUUUUCAUCCUCACUCACGCUUCCCAGCAUGCAUCGAGUGUUGGGGUGUUAGAGGGGGAGGAGUCUGUCCGGCUGACCUGCCAGGUAUCUGGGUUACCUAAGAACACCAAAGUGGUGUGGAGCCGCUUCGAUCUCAAUCCCUCAACCAUCCACCAGCAUCAGGACAAAUAUGAGCCUUAUGUUCAAAACCAGCAGUACAGCAGCCGAACGUCGAUGUCAGCUGAUGCUCUGAAAACUGGUGACCUCAGCCUCGCUCUGAAAACACCCCACCACUCUGACAGCGGCAUCUACACCUGCACCGUCCACAAUGAUAAAAGUGAAAUUAGACGGCUAACUGUGUGGCUGCAGGUGACAGUCCUCUCAGGCCUCCAGCAGGGCUCAUUUGCUAUGGCGUCAGAGGGGAUGGAGUCUGUCAUGCUGCCCUUCCAGGUGUCAAGGUUACCUGAGGACAUCAAAGUGGUGUGGAGCCGCCUUGAUCUCAUUCCAUCAACCGUCCACCAGCAUCAGGACAAAUAUGAGCCUUAUCUUCAAAACCAGCAGUACAGCAGCCGAACGUCGAUGUCAGCUGAUGCUCUGAAAACUGGUGACCUCAGCCUCACUCUGAAAACACCCGACCACUCUGACAGUGGCAUCUACACCUGCACCGUCCACAACAGUCAAAAUGAAACACGAAGGAAAUAUGUGAUGCUGCAGGUGACAGAACUGCCCACUUUCCCUGCUAGAGCCUUUGCUGUCCUGGCUGUUGUCUUUGCUGCGGGUCUAGCAGUAUAUUUUUGGUACAACACCAUUCCAGUCUCCCAGGUGGAGGUGGAAGAGGGGGUGUGGCUUGUCAAGCUUCCUUGCAAAACCAAAGUCCAGCUGCCUGAUUGCGCUGUAGUGGAGUGGAGCCGCUGUGCCCCCAAGCCCAUGAUGAUCCACAGUUAUCAGAAUGGCAGUGACCUGCUUGUUGUGCAGGACGAGUUUUACUGCGACCGCACAAAGAUGGAGAAAGAGCCACUGAAAACUGGAGACCUCAGUCUGACCCUGAGAGAACCCUGGAGUAGAGACAGUGCCACCUACAUCUGCACCGUCCACUCGCACACAAAAGUCUGGAUGCAGAAAGUCAUACGGCUCACUGUCAAAUCUGUCAUUAAGGUAGUGGAGGUCAGGGAGUGUGCUAAAUCUGUCACACUGCCAUUCAGGACUUGUGUUAAGCUGCCUGGAGAUGCAACAGUGGAGUGGUGUCGUAUGGACACUGGCACACUCGUUGCAGCCAAUUUGAACCAGCCUGGGAAGAAGAAAAACUCUUACAGGGGCCAACUGAAUAAAAACCUGUUGCAAACUGGAGAUCUCAGUCUGACCCUGAUUAAACCCACUCAGGCAGACAGCUCCAUAUACUUCUGCACUGUCUGCGGGUACGGAGACGUCCUAUUGCAGAUAUUCGUACACCUCAAUGUCCAAGGGAGAGGAUUUUAAAGAAGAACAGGCCGAAGAUGAAACAGACGUCACAGUGAACAUGCAGUUGAUGAGUAGCUCCACUGAACCAGUGUAGUGUUCUCUGGUUAAUGUGUCUCACUUGUCUGUUGUUAAAGCUUUGAUGGAUCAUCGCUGGAUUCAGCGGGGGUGCUCUGGGGUUUUUUCUUAAUCAGGGUGUCUGUUGUGUAAAAUAACUAAAGAGGGAUUGUUUUGAGUGUUUUUGAAUUCCCAGUUUUUGAGUUCAUGUGCUUAAUGUUGUGUUCACAUCGAACGCCAUGCUGAUUUUUACCUUGCAUGAUUAUAAAGUUGCUGGAGUGUUGGGAGUAUUACACACUUUGCGAAUAUUCGUCCUUAACCGCUGUCCUAACAGCUGUGCUAACUAACUGGGAAGGGCAGCUAACAGCUAACGUUCACUCAGUUCAUAGUGUAUUACAAGGAAUUGAAAAAGCUGAAAAUGUCAACCUGAGCAAAUAUUGCAAAUUUCGCACGUUUGUGUCAUUGUGUUGCCUGGCUGUCUGGUCUUUGCAUUAACUUUGUAUGCUUUCUCACUCCCGUGUAAACCCAACAUAAGUUACUGACUUAAACACACUUGAACAGUUUAUUGACGUGAGCAGUGUCGGUUCAAGACAUUUACUCAAGUACUGUUCUUAAGUACAAAUUUGAGGUACUUGUGAUUUACUGGAGUAUUUUCUUUUCAUGCUUUUCAACUUUGUGUGAUUUACAAAUGUGUUUAUUCUCAUCAGCUCUUGUUCUUGUUUUAUUUACAUACUUUCACUGAAGGAAUAUUUUUA